CGAAGGUCCCAGGUGAAAGCGCAUCCUCCCACUGCUUUCCCAUUAAGACGGAUCACAUCAAACCGAUAAUUGUCGCCGUGCAGACUUUAAAGGGCGAUUCCGCACAAAAGGAAUCUAAUUAUUUUUCUUUCCGUCACAUUAUCCGCCUAUUUAGCCUUAUUCACACCCCAGUGCCAACCUCGACGACGUCCUUCGGGAAGGUAGCAUGUUGUCACUUGAGGUUUUCUUUGAACUUUUUUUUUUUUUUGCGCCUGAGCUGUGAACCCUAUAAACCUCCGGAGAUCUGCUUCUAUAUAAAAACGCUUUGGCUAAAAUCCCCUUCACAGUCAUCCGCCCUGAAUGUCAUCCUUAGCUGCAUAGACGCUGCGAAGUCUCGGGAUAUUAUUAUUAUUUUAUUUUUUUUAAAACAUGGACCCUUUUAACAUGGACACUGUUACAGCUGAAAUCCUGUCUGGAUGGAAGCGCCACGAGAGCCCUUAUGGAGAAGACCGGGACUCGCUUCAAUCCGCGUCACCGGACUCCUCGAUGGACUCCAUGUGCUCCUCGCCGGAGAUGUGCUUCUCCGGCGGGCACCAGGACAUCGGCGAUCUCUCGUUCGCCUUCGCCGGACGCAGGGCGGCGGCCGCCGCGGGAGCGCAGCAGGGGCCGGGCAAGGCCAAGAUGUCCACCAAGCGACGCGUGAAGGCCAGCGAGAGGGAGAAGAUGCGGAUGCGGAGCAUCGCGGAGGCUCUGCACCAGCUCCGCGACUACCUGCCGCCGGACUACAGCAAACGAGGCCAGCCCCUCACCAAGAUACAGACCCUCAAAUACACCAUCGAAUACAUCAACAAGCUCUCGGACACCCUGAGCCGCGCGUAACGCACGCGCAGUGGACCAGGUUUUACGCACAAGAUUCGUCCUCUUCUGGACAUUUGAUGGAGUUAGUUUUAUAUCUCUGCUGAGUAGUGCCACGUCUUUUUGAUAACUUAAUGCCAUUUAUAAUUUUUUUUUCUUCCUUUCUCCUGUUGCCCUUCCCAUGAUGUAAAUAUUGUUUUUACGGGCACUUGACAGUUAUUUUUUCGUAUAUGAGACUGCCUUCGUGGGGGAUUAUGAAUUCAGUGUUUUGGAAACAAAGGCUGUUAAUUGAGAUGUGUAUGUUGAUGAUGGGUAUGAAAUACAACCGUGCAUAUGUAUUGACUAUUCUCAUGUUUGUGUUAGAAUUUUAGAACACCACAUGAUACUUAUUCAAAACAUUAUGUAGCUGUGUGAUAUUUUGAAGUUUUGUUGUGUCUGAGAGCUGUUAAAUAAUGAAUGCUGUUGUUUUUGUAAAGGACAAGUAAAUAUGAAAGUCUCCACAUAUUCUUUUAUGUAUCAAAUGAACCAGGUUUGUUUAACUUUUAUUUUUUUGGAAUUUUAUUUUACAAAAUCCAUAUGUUUUCUACAGAAGCAUCUAUAAUAAAUUUGUAUUUU